UUAGUACCUGUGUAAUUUAAAUGGAGAGGAGGACAAGAUGGGUAUUUACGAGGGAACAAUUGUUGGACACACCGUCCAGAAGAGGUGGCAUGGAACCAGAAAGAGAAUCAAGUUACAGACGUCAAGCUGCUAAUUUUAUUCGACACGUGGGACAAAAACUCUCUCUACCACAGCUCUGGAUAAAUACCGCAGUUGUCCUCAUGCAGAGAUUCUUCAUGUACCAAUCGUUCACUCGUUUCGACAGAAAUGUCUUGUCUCUGGCUGUUCUAUUUUGCGUUGCUAAAUCCUUUAAGGAGGAAGAUGGAAGGAUUCAUCCUGUGGUAUUUCUUAAAACUGCUCACUCCUGUCUCUACAGAGAUGCAGCACCCCUCGAUCCCCACUCUCCUCAAUACGAGAAGCAAUUAGAGGACUUGCUGUUUUAUGAGUAUGUCCUGCUUGCAACACUGGCCUUUGAUUUUGACAUUGAUCAUGCACACACUCACAUUUUGAAGAAUUCUCAUUUAGUCACUGCGACCAAGGCUUUAACCAAGGUUGCGCACGACAUUGCAUCGAGCAGUUUGGAGUUCACCACGAUGUGCCUGCAGUAUAGACCAACAGCUGUUGCCUGUUUCUGUCUGCAAUUGGCAUGCCAAUGGGCGAAUUGGGAGAUUCCUCCGCCGAAGGAUGAGAGGCCCUGGUUUCACCACGUGGACGAGAGCCUGACUCAGGAGUUCAUAAACCACCUGAUCGCCAAAUUUCGUCACAACGUCGGUGGGUACUACCCCCGCCUCCAGGAGAAGAUAAUGUCCAUCUUCUACAAGGACAGCCCAGUAACGCCUCACCCGAGUCCCUCGAACUCGCCCUGGCGAGAGGUCUGUCAUCCAGAGAAUAGCCCAGUCCUUGAAAAAUUCCCAAAAGGGCGACAUCAACCCCAUCCUCAGAGUUUCCACCGUCCCCCAGCUCUGCCACCCCCUCAGCUCCCUCAAAAACCAGCUGGAAGCCUCCACAACAACCACAAGACCCUCCCGGCGUCUGCCGAACAUCUCCACCACCAGGAGAAGUUCCUCACCCCAGGAAAAGCCCCUCAAAGCCACUCAAAUGCUCAAAAAACUCAUCAGAAGCCCCAGAACUUCUCGAAAAAUACAGGAUCCCCUCCAGGACACCUCCACCAUCAUCACCACAGGCACCACCACCUGGAACACCGGAAAAGGCAAUCACCUGGUGUGAAUUACCUUGAACCUCCCAGAAUUGCUCAGGAGUUUCCUCAGAAUCACGAGAAUUCCGUAGAAAAAAUUCUCAGCUCGAUGUCUCCAGGGAUUUCUGUAGAGGAUCAACCGAGCCUCGAGGUCCCCGAUGACCUCCUCGAAAUGGCACCUCCAGAGAAUUUCGACUUCGAACACAUUUUCAUGAAUGUUGUGGAGAGCCUCACGUCCAUAACAAACCCGGAUCCCCCCAGGGGUCACAAAUCAGAUGUCGAGGGUGGAGCUCACCAGGAGGUGCCCGCCAUCCCCUCAGGAGUGGAUUCCAUUGACUCGGGGGUAUUCUCUCAGCCACUGAGUCAAUCUCUGAGUCAAAAUGUCCAGAGGUUCGAGGAAAUUCCAGGGGACGAGUCUUUUGCCUCGAUAUUUCAGACUCCAGGGGGAGUUGAUGCACCAGGUGGUGAUUCCAGUCAUCUCCAAGGGUUGGAGAGGAGGGACGAUGUCUUGAGGGACGACAAGAAGAGGAGGAAAAAGGAGAAGCAUAAAAAGGAGAGGAAAAUGGAGAGAAGGGAGAGAAAGGAGAGGAGACGUAGAGAACAGGAGAGAGAAAGAGGUUUUGUAUCGCCCAUUAAAAUCAAAAUUCCUAGGGAGAAAUUGGGAAAUUUCGGGGGGGAGAUGGAUGUUGUGGGGGACGUGGGGAUCACCAGAAAGAGGCAGAGGGAGGAAGGGGGUGAGAGUCAGGCGAAAAGAUUUCAGGGAGAUUAAGGAGAGAGAAUACGACUGAGUUCUGCGGGAGAAUGUUUAAUUAGUGCCUUAGACGAGUUUGUAUUUUGAUAAAUGGUUGUGAAGAAUUGUUGGAAGUUACCAGAUUACGUGAUUAAUAGAACAAUUUAUUUCGUAAUUUAUUUGGUGUACUUUAUUUAUCCCUGACA